AUGUGCGCAAUACUAGGUGAUGAGCGGCCAUGCACACGCUGUAUCAAGCGUGGUAUUCAGAAUGCAUGCCACGAUGGAGUUCGUAAAAAGGCAAAGUACCUCCACGAUGCACCAAAUGAAGCCUUGAUGCCUCAUUUGCAAGGAAACAUGUAUAACCAGGCCAACUCGGCUCGUAGCACUAUGCCCCUGGCCACCAGAAGCUCGAAUCCAAAGACGAAUUUUUAUCCACAGCAACACGCAAACUUCAACCCUUUCUAUGCAAGCAAGCCCGAGGGAACCGUGAGCCAGCAACCACCCGAUACAUUUUCCUCGCAGUCCCCUACUUCUCCAACUUUUAAUAUCUCCGCGAAUUCUGCUUCGACGGUAAACGCCGCCUUACCUGCAGCCCUUCCAGCUACAACUGUAAAUACGCCCGGCCAAACACAGACCGGAUACGGUGGAGCGUUUUUUGACCCCAGUGAUCCUGCGUUGUUCAAUUUCGACCUCGCCAGUAUGAAUUUUGGCAAUCACUAUGGUGCUUUAGAAUUUGGGAUGCUCGGCCAUUUGGCGACUGCUGCCGGCGAAACCCCUCCCAGCGACAACGCAACCAGGCAUGGUUCCACAGGUAGAAGUGGUUCUGGCACAUUUACAACGACAUCGACGUUUGGAGAGAGCCCCACGGCACAAUCAUCUUAUCUAUUUAGCGAUCCUACAAUUGGAGGUGACUGGUCCUCAUCCAUGAAUACAAGGAAUUUGUAUGGCCAAAACAUCAACAAUCCAUCCGAUACUCCACAUGCUUUUGCUAUCGAAAGCGCCCCUACAAAUUUUGCAAGCCCCACGUCUGUGGAGAGUCCUUUGAUGACAACAAACGUGCCCUUUGAUGAUGGCGCAUCGUCAACGUACCCGAGCCGGACAAGUGCCGGGCCAAUAGCUCCACAGCGACAGCCUGUUGUUUCAACCCCGCAGCUAAGACAUCUACAUAUUUCAAAACGACGACAGCGAAACCCUUGCUCGAUUUAUGAAAGCGUUAAAGAACCCUAUCCUUAUACGACCGGCUUCCACUCACUCACUGCCUUUAUCCAACGACGCUUCUCACCCCAAAAUACGCUGCGCAUCGCAAAGGCAUUGGCGUCCAUCCGUCCGUCAUUCAUUGCCACAACGAAAACACUCAAUCGAGACGACUUAAUAUUUAUGGAAAAGUGCUUCCAACGUACUCUCUGGGAGUAUGAGGAUUUUAUCAACGCAUGCGGCACGCCUACUAUCGUCUGUCGUCGAACAGGCGAGAUUGCGGCUGUAGGGAAAGAAUUCAGCAUUCUCACUGGCUGGCGAAAAGAGGUUCUUCUUGGCAGAGAGCCAAACCUUAACAUCAAUACGGGCGUGGCAUCGGGCUCGAAUUCUCGAGGCAGCUUUACUCCUCGUAGCACUGGCAUGGAUACCAACCCGAUGGGUCGGGGACAGCCGGUUUUUCUGGCAGAAAUACUCGAUGACGAAAGUGUCGUCGAAUUUUACGAGGAUUUCGCAAAGCUGGCAUUUGGCGAUUCACGGGGCAGCGUUAUGACUACGUGCAAAUUGCUCAAGUACAAGACCAAAGCCGAAGCUGACAUGCUUUCCGGAACGUCAGGCAGCAGUGCCAUUGGCGGUGAAGGCGAAAGCGCGCUUGGCAGCAGCGGCUCCAAGGCUGAGAGUGGCACUGCCCAGGCGCCCCAGCGCCCCCGCAGGUGGAGCAAAGGCGGGAUAGCAGGCGAAGCUGGCAUGAACCAAUUGGGAUUUAAGGAUGGCAAGGUGCAGUGCAGUUACUGUUGGACGGUGAAGAGAGAUGUUUUCGAUAUACCCAUGUUGAUUGUUAUGAACGUAAGCUUUUCCCGCCCUGCUGCUAUCCCUGAAUGCUAA